AUCUCCAAACACUUCUUCUUUUUCUCGAGAAAACUUUUAAAUUUUUCUCGAGAAUAUGUUUACUGAAGCUCUAAUAAGAUUCUCAGAGUUCAUAGCCGAAUCCGUCAUUAUCGCCUCCGUCGUCGUCUUCUCUAUCCGUCUCUUCUUUAGACUCGCUUGCUUCCUUGCGAGCCGUUCUUGGCGUCGUUACCGUACGUUCACGGUCCAUCGCCGGAGAUGGAGAAGAAGAACCACGACGGAGGAGGAAAGAGACUCGUCGCGUUACUGUACGAUUUGUCUCGAAGACGCGGCGGAGGGAGAGAAGAUGAGGAGGAUAACGGCGUGCAACCAUUGUUUCCACGCUGAUUGUAUCGAUCCGUGGCUGGAGAAGAAGUCCACGUGUCCUCUGUGCAGAGCUCAGAUUCCUCCGGCGCCGCCGGGAAACCCUCUCCUCGCGCUUAUUGUUCCUCCCGGCGUAAUCGACAUGUUUACGAAAGGAACCUUCCCUGACGCGUCAUCAACAAUAUUUGAUUAAUUAAAUUUAAGACUUUUAACACGAGUUUAUUAUCAAUGUUUUAGAAAUUAAUUAAAAAAAAUUCAUUCAUUUCAUUGCACUUGUAUUAUUUUUUUACUCUGU